AGUUAUUUUUUUAUUUGAAUCCUUUCUGAGUACAAGAAGGUUUCGACCACUUGUGAACGGGGAUGAACCAUGGGAAACACAGAGAGAGGUCUAUUGGUCGCAGACACCGACGUCCCACCAUCAUCCCGUUAUCUCGCCGCGGCUUCUGCGCAUGCUCAAUGAGAUGAAUGGAUGCUACAUCCCUUUUCCGGCUGCACCUGCACAAUCCACCAGGAAGUGUGGUGGUGCGACAAAUCCUAAACUAUUAAUCCGCUCCAUACCUGCUCGGAGCAAGGUGGGACACAGCAUGCGCUCUGGACGGGAUCUGCUCGUUUCGGCCUAACGGGCGCGGAAUUGGCCUUGAGAAAGCCGCUACCGCUUUUGGCGCUGCGCAAUUCAUGCAGGGCAAACGUUUAGGCUCCCGUCAACUCCCCUGCAAGUUUGGGUUAUUGUUUCGUGUGCUCUAGCUUUUAGCUCCCCGCAAACCUAACCCUGACUGCAAUGGGAUGCUGCGGUAGCGCUGAGAGGACACGGAGAGAAUGGAGACCACUGGAGGACCGCAGUUGCACGGAUCUGCCGUGGUUCCUUCUCUUCACGGUGUUCUGCGUGGGCAUGGGCUGUAUCUGCAGCUACACUAUCGUCACGGGGGGCGCGGCACGCUUGGUCUUCGGCUACGACAGCUACGGCAACACGUGCGGACAGCGCAACGAGCCCAUCGAGGGGGUCCGACUGAGCGGACUUGACCACCGAGACCGGCAAUACGUCUUCUUCCUGGACCCCUGUAACAUCGACAUCGUCCAGAGGAAGAUCAAGUCCUUGGCGUUGUGCGUGUCGCUCUGCCCCGGCGAGGAGAUGAAGACCUACGAGGACCUCAAGACCUUCGCCAUGCUCAACGGAUCGGAGCUGUGUUCCUACGAGCUGGCGGGGCAUAAGUACCCCGGCCUCCCAGAGAGGUUCGACAAGUGCCCCAAGCUUCCCGUCCCCCCCAGCAAAGCGCUGCCGGUGUUCAACCGCUGCACGCCCGUCGACGUCUCCUGCUACGCUAAGUUCGCCGAGGCGGUGGUGACGUUCGUCAGCGACAACAGCGUGCUGCACCGCCUGAUCGCCGGCGUGAUGGCCAGCAAGGAGAUCAUCAUCGGCCUCUGUUUGCUGGCUCUAGGUCUCUCCAUGAUCCUGAUGGUCAUCAUCCGCUACAUCUCGGCCGUGCUGGUCUGGAUCCUCACCGCCAUGGUCGUCCUGGGCUCCCUCGCCGGAACGAGCGUGCUGUGGUGGCUGUACAUCGACCACCGGUUGUUCUCCAACACCACGGCGCCCCGGGUUGCCAAGGAAACCAGCGAGGAGGCGGAGCUGGACCUGGACAAGAGGCAGGCCCUUCUGGUCUACGCUGCCUCCGCCACCGUCUUCACGGUGAUCCUGUUGUUGCUGAUGCUGUUCAUGAGGAAGCGUGUCGCGCUGACCAUCGCCCUGUUCCACGUGGCGGGCAAGGUGUUCAUCCACCUGCCGCUGCUCACGCUGCAGCCCUUCUGCACCUUCCUGGCCCUGCUGGUCUUCUGGAUCUACUGGGUCCUCGUGCUGCUGUUCCUCGGGACCACCGGGAACCCUCAGCAGAGCGAGGAGACGGGCCUCACAGAGUUCCGUCUGACGGGCACGCUGCAGUACCUGACCUGGUACCACGCCGUGGGCCUGGUGUGGAUCAGCGAGUUCAUCCUGGCCUGCCAGCAGAUGACCGUGGCCGGGGCCGUGGUCACCUACUACUUCACCAGGGAUAAGAACCGCCUCCCGCUGACUCCCAUCCUGUCGUCUGUGCUGCGAUUGCUCCGUUACCACCUCGGGACCGUUGCCAAGGGCUCCUUCAUCAUCACGCUGGUCAAGGUCCCGCGCCUCGUCCUCAUGUACCUCCACAACCAGCUCAAAGGAAAGGAGAAUGCGUGCGCCCGCUGUCUGCUGAAGACCUGCAUCUGCUGCUUGUGGUGUUUGGAGAAGUGCCUCAACUAUCUCAAUCAGAACGCCUACGCAGCGACCGCCAUCAACAGCACCAGCUUCUGCACCUCCGCCCGCGAUGCCUUCGUCAUCCUGGUGGAGAACGCUCUGAGGGUGGCGGCCAUCAACGCCGUGGGCGACUUCGUCCUGUUCCUGGGGAAGGUGCUGAUCGUCACGUCCACGGCGUUCGCCGGCGUGCUGCUCCUCAACUACCAGAGAGACUUUGCGGAGUGGCUGCUGCCGCUGUUCAUCGUGUGUCUCUUCUCCUUCCUGGUGGCCCACUGCUUCCUCUCCAUCUUCGAGAUCGUGGUGGACGUCCUGUUCCUGUGCUUCGCCAUCGACACCAAGUACAACGACGGCACGCCGGGGAAGGAGUUCUACAUGGACAAAGCCCUCAUGGAGUUUGUGGAGAGCAGCAGGAGGUUGGAGCGGGUGGUGGAGCGCGGGCGGAGCCGGGUGAAGGAGGCGGUGGUGUCGGAAGGAGCUGAGAUGAAGCCCAUGGUGAGUGACAGCGGCAGGGGCGGGGCUAAGGUCAAGGUCAAGGAAGAGCCGGAGGAGGAGGAGGAGGAGGAGGAGGUGGAGGUGGGCGAGGGUCUGGACGGAGGCGGGGGGGAAUGGGAGCAGCUGCAGGAGUUCCACGUGUACUACCUCCUGAUGGGCGUCCUGCUGGACUGGGUGCUGACGGAGGACAGCACGUGGAUCCUAUGUCUGAGCCAGGACAUGAUGCUCUUCCUUUGUGUCUACAUCCCCACCUCCACCCUCUUCCUCUUCGUGACCCUGCUCCAAGAGCCUCACUCCCCUCUCUCCUCCUCGACCGCCGAGACCAGCCCUGCCAAACCAGCCUCCGCCAAACCAGCCUCCGCCAAACCAGCCUUAGCCUCCGUGUGCUAGCAGUGGCUAGCUGGCCGCGGCACUCACACAUCCCCACAAAGCAUGCUAAGGGAUGACCUGACUAACGCCUGCGUGCAUGCUAACGUGCUAACUCAUCAACAUCAUCAACAUCAUCAUCAUCAUCAUCAUCAUCAUCAUCAUCAUCAUCGUCGUUGCUGCUAACCUUUGUCUGUCUUGGACUAAAGUUUUUUUUAAUUUCAUUUUGAUAUUGUUUGUCUUUAUCUUGCAUGUGUUUGCGCCAACACACUGUGCUACUUUGUGGAUGCUCUUAUUGUGCCUUCCCUUGUCAUGGUGCUUGUUUUGGAGAGGAAGUGGCGAAGAGAGUACCAGGAUGUGAGGUACGUGUGUGUGGUUGUUGGUGUGUAGAUCAGUACUUCACACCGUCAUACUGGUAAGUGAACUAUUGAUCUGCUUAUGGAUAACGGUUAAGAGUCUUAGAACUGGCAUGAGGUGGAUCUCAAGCCUGAUUCCAUUAAGAAUUCCCAUUCUAUUCUGUUCUAUUGAUUUGGCAGGUGCUUUCAUCCCAUGAUUUGAAGAAUCAGAAUUCUGAUUUGACUCAUUAAGGAUCCGGGUUCAUGGCGUCUUGCCAACAGGUAGACUAAAACACCUUUGGGGCCAACCAGAGGAGUCAAACACCCUACACACCUUCAUCCUUAUCUUCUUUUUCAUUUAUCCUGCGAUCACCCGUCGCGCUCCAUGUUUCAUCCCGUGCCCGUCGUCAUUCCACCUGCGACAUAGUCCUCGCCGCUCGCCUCCACUCACGCCUAACCAGACAGCUGUUGAGUACCGUUUGAUGUGAAGUGUGGUGAUAAGUGUUGAAUCCGUAAUGAAACCGGAAUCCCACUUUCCUUUCUCAGGCUCCAGGAACAAGUUCAGCUUGACCAAAAUCACAGAAUGGGACUUACAAAAAAAGACAUUCCAAAAUGUUUAUUUUUACCAAUGUGUAACAUGUUUACUAUGGUUUCACUCCAGGGAAUACAAUAUUUUAAUAAGAAACUGUAAAAAAAAUAUAAUAACAAUGUAAUGAAGCACUUUAUAUUGAAGCGCUGCAUAUUUUAAAAAAGGCUGAUGCAUUUUUCGUAGUGAUGUCCUUUUUUAUAUAAGACUAAAAACGAUUGCCAUCUAGUUGGAACACUGUACUAAUAUGUCUUGAGUCACCUUUGUUUAUUGUUUUUCUUCUGCAUAGCGAAUAACUAGAACAUUUGGUCGAAGAUGUCGGUUUUUUUGGUUUGUUUUUUUAUUUCCACAACCUAAUCGUGAGAGCACAUCUUAGUCUUGUGUUUUCUAAUCAACCGCUGAAAUACAUCAGUAAGUACGUAGGCUUUACUAAGUAACCCAGACUCUGCAUCACACCAUGCAGCGAUAGAAAUUACUCCCUCUCUCUCCUGUUGUGUGUCGAGUGUUUAUACCAGAAUGAUUGAGGAUGUUCGGGGCGUUUUUGCAGCGUAAUACUUCUCUGUACUGUAUGUAAAAACACAAACUGACUGUACGGACUUUUGAGAUGUUUCUUUCUCCCGCCUCUUUUAAACUUUUCUUGAAUUGUUGGGCUGCCCUGAUCGAAAUAAGACCAACUUCCUCCUUCAGCCCCCUCUAGUGGUCAUCUGCAGGUAUGGCAGCUUUGUAGUGGUUUCAACAGAAUUCGUGAUUUCGUUUUCUAUUGACGUUAACGUAAAGGGUGAGUGGGGCUGGACAUUUAGCGUGUCAUCGAGUGGAUCAUGUCUAUGGAUCUUUACUUGAAAAAAUAUUUUUCUGUCCGGUUCUGGUUACGGUUACAUUUUCACUCUCACUCCUCUUAUCUUUGAAUGACAGACUUUGCAACUCAUUUCAGUGACCAUGGCGACAUGCAAUACCAUGACGUGACUGACGUCAUUCUACUCCAUAGUGGACCUAAAACUUCAAGGACGGAUAGUGGCACACAUCUACUCGGAUGUUUAUUCUAGACUACGUUAGUUGGUUGAAUCAUUGUUGAAAUGAAUUGAUUGAUAGAGGGUUGAACUGGUGCCAAACAGCUUGUCCCCCAAAUGGUUGAGGUUCUAGAUCUCCGGUAGCCCCUCCCACCACCACCACCUGCCCGUGCUCCCUAGCUCAGUGCAACCUGUAGAGGUGGACAUGGCCGCUGGAUCUUGACAGCCUGCAAUAAAAGAGCAGGUCCCAUUGCAACGUGAAACGCUCCUCAAACAUGUCUUCCUUGAUUGUUUUUUUUUUUUUUAAUUUCAACCUCAUACAAUCCGGGACUUUAUGUCCUGGAACAGCUGGGAAGUUGAUAAGAGAUGGGCGAUGCAACGAGACAAGAUGUUGGAGCCAUGAAUCUCCUCUUCAUCUCAACCUCUGCCAGGAUUCACAUCAAGGUGACCAUCACAGCAGGUGCCGUCUUAAUAUUUGAUCGCAAUACCUUGAUCAGUCAGCAAGAAGCACCCGGGUGUCAGCAUUAUUUUGAUUCUGCCUAACUCUUUGGUUGGAGGUUUUUAAUGUUGCUCUGACAACCUUAGGAUCAAGUUGAAGAUAAAAAAAAGAAAAAAAAAGCCCUUUAGAUUAUAAUGUCCUGUUUUAUGGGGCCACAUGUCCCUCUGUGGCUGUAAUGGGGUCAGGGGUGCACUGUUGGUAGGAGGGGAGUAGAGUUUUACAAAGGCCCCCGUUUUACCACAACAUUGAUGUUGUCGACUUCGCGGACUGUACCAACUGGAAGGCUGAGCUAUCAGUCAUACAUAGUUGCACACUCCCACUUGUGAUGUUGGUGGUGCAGAUUUUAAAAUAAACAGGCGAUUGUCCCCUUAUUUGAC